AUGCCACAAGUCCCAAAUUUCGUGGGGCGUGAGGAACAAAUGGAUAAUCUGAGGAAAGCCUUGGAUCAUGUCGAGUCUGAGGCUCGGCGAAGAAUAGCAACGCUGUGGGGUGAAGGCGGCAUAGGCAAAACUCAGCUAGUCCUUCAUUAUGCAGAGGAGCGUCGACAUGGUGGGCUUGCUUACAUCUUUUGGGUGAAUAGCGAGAAUUCAGCUGCCGUUGAUAGAAGCUUUUCGGCCAUCGCCGUGGAACUGAAUCUUCCCGGAGCCACCGGGCACGGAAAUCACAUCAACAACAAAUACUGGGUGCUGCAGUUUCUCGACAAAAUUAGUGAGUUGGAACAGUAUCCAGCCGCAGAAGAGGCUGCCACCGAAGAAUUGACGGGAAGACUGGGUGGCCUGCCUUUAGCUCUGUUUUUUGAUCUCUACGUCAAAUAUACGCCGAGAGUUCACGCACAAUCGGAUAAGGAUCUGCAUCUUCAACCAUUCUAUUCGCGCGGAGGCCUCCACGGCGCAUACCAGUAUUCUUUCAAGAGUCUCAACGGCACAUCGGCGCGGGAACUUUUCCGCGUUCUAUGUAUCAUCGGGCCAGAUGCCAUUCCACUGUCACUAUUCCAACUUGAGAACUCAGAAAAUGUGCCUGAGUCGCUGGAAUUCUGCCGGGACGAAUGGGACCUACAAAUAGAAGUCGAAGCCCUGCUGAAAGCGUCACUAGUGAGAGCCAAACCAGAGACAUCGUAUCUCUACGUACACGGAGUCAUUCAGGUCGAGUUCCACAGCACUUUGAGUGUCGAAGAGAGAAGAGAGAGCUUCAUGACUGCAGCGAAACUGCUAUAUGAAGCUUUUCCAAAACUUGUGAAUGGACUUUCAUUCAGACACGUUUGGAAACAAUGCGAGAGUUUUGCCUCCCACGUCGUAGCGCUCUGCCAAUUCUACGAAACGGAGAAAUGCAAGUCAAGAUCCGACAAUGAGUUUGAUGAGCUUGUGAAGUGUCUAGACAGUUGCGCAUGGUACCUUCGAGACAUCGGAGACUACAAUCAAAACGAUGUUCUCGUUCAAUUCGGGUUUGAGAUAUGCAGAGACAAAAACUCCCCGGAGUACGCGAGUUUACUAAACACUGCCGGCAUUAUCGUAACAAGGAACAACAUCAAGCAAGCGUACCAAUAUCACAACGAAUGUCUUCGUGAUUGGCAAAUUCGUACAACAAUAUUGGCAACACAUAUCAAUGUGAUUGUAGAUGGGAUGACGAGAUCGAAUCAUAACACAAAGGCUCUAAGGAUUGACAUGAUGAAGCCCGAGUAUGAACGAAAACAGAUAAUCAACAUUCGCCAUUCUAACAUCGCAGAAGCCUUUAUUCAAAAGGGCGAGUACGACAAAGCGAUUCAAAAUUUAGGCAUAAGCCGCCAGGCUGCAGUUGACGAAUUUGGGGAGGAUACAUUCUACGAUGCAGAUGUGGAUUUCAUCAUGGGCCACUUACAUUACCGAAAAGGCGAGAUCGCUCAAGCUACGCUAUGCUACACAAGAGCAUGUAUGAUUUACUCAUCCGAAGGCGCUUCAAGUAUGCAGACUGUCGCCGCUCUAUACAAGGUGGACUGUGUACACGUAGCCCAAAGAAAUCUUGAUCUUGCCGUUCAGCACCUCAAAAAGGCACUAGAACUUGCCGAAUUGAACCGGAAUGUCAAAGGCGAUGGAGAGGAGGUAGCGCGUGUCAAAAGGAAAUACGCCGAAGCUCUAAGCCUGCGCCGGGAGGGAUCAGAUGAACAAGAAUCAAGAAGGAUCCAUGAGGAACCGGAGAAAGAAAGAAAAAGCAUUCAGAAACCUCUCCUUGGGGAGCCUCCGGACACCGAGCGAAAUUACAAUAUCCAAGUUGCUCCAUACUAUCGGGGAAAUCGACAUCCGAAUUCAUUUGCUCGGCUAUGCAGCAACGUUGGCCGUGUCUGGGCCCAACGAGGAAACUUCAGUGAUGCCUUGGCUAUCAUGGAAGAAUGUCGCGGUAUCCUGGAAGGCCUGAAUGCUGACCUGUAUUCCAUCAUGAACAAUCUAGGAAACUUGCAUUUGAGUAUGGGUUCUGCCGAAACGGCUUUCAAGAUGCACUCAGAUGCCACCGCGAUGCUACCGAGGCAGAACAACGGCGCCGUAGUGCUGAAUGAGCUGAAUCUAGGCCGUAUUUGCAUUAAACUUGGUAGAUUUGAGGAGGCCAAAAACAGAAUUAAUAAAGCAGACAAAGACAACACUGAUGCAAAUUUUGCGAUACAUAUCAAAUACUAUCGAGCUCUACUCUUUCGAGCGGAGAAGAAGCUUAGCUCGGCCAGAGAUGAGUUCCAGGCUACGGUCGAUGCCAUGGAAAAACGCAAGGACUUCAGGAACCUUCUUCAUGCCAUUUGCUUGUUCAAGCAGGGCCUUAUUCCUGCUGAUCAAGGAGACAAGAUGAAGCUAGAAAAAGAUGGCAAGGUAGCCGCAGAGCUACUGGAGAACGCAGAGAAGACUCGGAGAGAGCUUCAAGGAGAUAAAUUCGACCCUCAAAAUCGGAGUCAACAAGUUUUUGACAGUCUCGUGGAUGGGCAGCUUAGAUGAAUUGAAUUGUUUAUGCAUAGGGUGUAACUACCUUCUUCUUUCAAAAUCCGCUUGUAUCCUGAGAUUGACGGUCGUUACUUUCUGUUGCUUUCUCAUCUCAAUCCAGACUGCAUCAAGAGCUCCGGAAUUAAUCACGUGCGGAUAGCUUAGUAUACACUCUUCUGAAAACCAAAAUCACGUGUUACUCACGAGACCCUUACGAAUUCCCCUUCCAAGGAGGUAUAAAGUCUCAGCCGAAGCUGCCCUCCGGACUCGGCA